AGAAAGUGUUUGAAUAUAAUCUUGGCUUUAAGUAUAUUUUUUGUAUUAAUCCCUAUCCUGUUUAGAUAUAAUCACUCCUUAAUCUUCUCCAUCCCUUAAAUCCUUUUCCCUCUUGCACUCUGAUUUUCUUUGCCUAUAUAAAACUAUCAUCUGUAACGCUACUGUUUAUUCUUUUCUUUAUAAAUCAUCAGAAGCAACUUUCUCUUUCCUUCUCUCCUUUGUUCUGACCAAACCUUAACCAUCUCGUUCUGUACAUUUGUUUUGUUGUUUGAGAUCUUUAUUUAUCAUGGAGGCUGGAGCUGAAAGUGUUAGAUAUGAAGAGGAGUACAUAACGAAUUCGAGAAACAUGAAGCUUUUUACUUGUAGAUGGCUGCCUAGUUCUGAGCCAAAGGGUCUGAUCUUUCUCUGCCAUGGGUAUGGCAUGGAGUGCAGUAUCUUCAUGAAAGACACAGGGAUUAGGCUUGCGAAAGCAGGUUAUGCAGUUCAUGGAAUAGACUAUGAGGGUCACGGAAAGUCAUCUGGGCUGCAGGGAUAUAUUAAGGAUUUUGAUGCGCUUGUCACAGAUUGUUCUGAACAUUUCACAGGCAUAUGUGAACGGAAGGAGAACUCGAAGAAGCUGAGGUUUAUCAUGGGAGAAUCCAUGGGGGGAGCAGUUGUGCUACUUUUGCACAGGAAGAAGCCAGCCUUUUGGGAUGGAGCCAUUUUACUGGCUCCUAUGUGCAAGAUUGCAGAUGAUGUUAAGCCAAACCAGUUUGUGAUUUCUGCUCUGACCAAGCUUACUCGGAUAAUUCCAACAUGGAAAAUCAUACCGACUCCAGAUAUAGUUGAUCUUGCCUUCAGAGAGCCUGCAGUAAGAAAAGAGGUACGAGACAGUCCGUAUUGCUACAAAGGGCGCCCUCGACUGCAAACUGCUUACCAGCUACUAACUAUCAGCUUGGAUAUUGAAAAAAGACUUCAAGAGGUUUCGUUACCUUUCCUUCUUCUUCACGGUGGAGAUGACAAAGUGACUGAUCCGUCAGUGAGCAAACUUCUUCAUGAAAAGGCGAUCAGCUCUGACAAGACCUUCAAGUUGUACCCCGGAAUGUGGCAUUCCCUCUCCCGCGGGGAGACAGCUGAAAAUACAGAGAUUGUGUUCUCAGACAUUACCAAAUGGUUAGAUGAGAAAACAGCCACAGGAAAUGCUAAAUUGGAAAGAGAACUGAAAUCUGGAAAUGAUGCUCUUCACACAGAUAGCUCUGGCAAAACGAUACUCGUAGAAUAGCAAGAACGCCAAAUCGACACAAUUGAGACCUUCAUCAUUCAUUGCGGUUACAGUAUUCUACCAGUAAUCAUCGUACAGCCUUGCUGGCUGUUAUUCAUACAUAUAUAUUUUACAGGAUGUACUGAUUAUCAGUGAAUUGGCAAUUACUUAUCAAAAUUCUUGCAUAAUUAUCAAACUGCAAUUGUUAGACAGAAAAGACCAGGAAUAUUUCAGUCUACGCAGGCUUAUUUUUAUCAGAUGAUUCAUUGCCGAUUA